GUGUAACACCGGGGCCGCUUCCGGUUGGUGAGGACACGUCACUGAUUGAAGAGAAGAAGAGGAGCUGUGCUAACCUCCGUCUAGAUUUUUGAAAAAAAAAAGAAAAGAAAAAUCAUGUCGAACUCAGUCGUGUCCGUUAUUUCCCGGUUUCUGGAGGAGUACACCACCACGACGCCCAACAAGCUGAAAGUGGUGGACGCUUAUCUGCUGUACAUCCUGCUAACCGGAGCGAUGCAGUUCCUCUACUGUCUCCUGGUUGGAACCUUUCCUUUCAACAGCUUUCUGUCGGGUUUCAUCGCCUGCGUGGGCUCUUUUAUUCUUGCAGUGUGUCUUCGCAUCCAGAUCAACCCUCAGAACAAAGGGGAUUUCCUGUCCAUUUCUCCGGAGAGAGCCUUCGCCGACUUCCUGUUCGCUCACACCGUCCUGCAUCUCGUUGUGAUGAACUUCAUCGGCUGAAACCAACGCAGAUCUGAUGCGCGUUACCCCUUCUUGAAGAUCUCUAAAGAAGUCAUCAAAUCUCUGAAAGACGACAUCAGUUUUUCAGCAGCUGAUCUGGACGACAACAUCCCGGCAUCAGCACAGUUGCAUGCUACGUCUGAUGCAGUACAAUUUUCCUAAAGCAAUGACUUUGUUAUGUUGACAUUUGUAAAGCAUUCCCUUUUUGCACUGACAUAAAUAAAGCAAGUGUAACGGUG